GAAAUUUCGGAUCUCACCGGCCGGCCAGGAUAAAACGUCUGUAUUAGCUAAAUAAAACCCUAACCGUGAGUCGCCUCCAGUGUGCCGCCGCCGUGCUUAUUAUCCAGGGGCCGGCCGUUUGAUUCCACCUUGUAGUUGUAUCCAAGGCCGUGAAAAAUCAUAAUGGGGGAGCCCGGAGAAGGAGCUUCAUUGGGACUAGCCGGGGCGCCCCUCGACCCUCCUGCAGAUCUUCUGGUACCUGAGAGGCUGGAGCCGGUUGCAGAGGUCACUGUGCCAUCAUCAACGAAACUAAAAAAGGUUGAAGUAGACAACACAAGGAGAAAAAAAUGGCGAUCGACAGAAGCAAACUUGAUGAUAUACACGCGGCGCUCAUGGCCAGGGGACGUUGGUCUCAAGGCGCACAAGGCCGAGAGGAUCAUCAGGAAAGGCAACCCGUACCUCUUUUGUCAAGUCAUUCUAGAAACCAAGCCGUUGACCAUGGACCACCGCACGACUCGUGUCAGGCUUAUCGUAGACACAUCCAACCGCGUCGUGCAAACUCCCAGAGUUGGUUAGUUAGGUUCAAAUGAAUAACCGAGUAUCGGGGUCAAAACUUCAGACUUGAUGAAUCAAGUGCUUAAUUGA